AUGCUCAAAUCCUGGGUCGCAUGUCUUCGUAUUCAAAAGGGAAGUCUCACCAAGCAACCCAAGAGCGCGGCUGAGUUAAGAAGAAUCGCCGACUUCCAGGUCUUACCUCUUUUACUCGUUGGAUUUGCUACUUACCAGUUAGAUCGCACAAACCUUUCAAGCGCAUUGACCGGUGGCUUGGCAGAUGACCUAUCAAUCAGUCAAAACACGAUAAAUCUUGGCAACCAGUUGAUGUUUCUUGGGGUUAUCGCGCUAGAAAUACCGUCGAAUGUUGUUUUAUACAAGAUCGGUCCUCGUUGGUGGAUAGGGGGCCAAGUCCUCGUCUUUGGCAUCAUUGCCGCAUUGCAAAUCUUCAUUCGAAACGAGUCCGAAUUCCUAUUGACACGAGCCAUCCUUGGUCUUGCAGAAGCUGGAUAUAUUCCAGGUGCUAUGUUUACCCUCUCCACGUGGUACACGAAGGCUGAAAUCACGAAACGCAUUGCAAUUUUCUUUUUCGGUAUGUUCGGUGGCACAGCAAUAUCACCUUUGCUGGGAGCGGGGAUACUUAAAUUGGACGGCCAUGGUGGUCUUCUCGGGUGGCAGUGGAUUUUCUUGGAUGCAGUGGAGGGGGUUUGGUCGGUAGCCAUCUCGCUUCUAUUAUUGAUCUUCCUUCCACAGAGGGCAUCAUACGAACUAGUAUCUCAACACAAAUGUAUGGCUACCAAUGGCUGGUCAAUCAAAGAUGGCAAUAGACGAUUACCCCUGGCUGAGGUAUGGAGGAUCAUAACUUGUAUCCGAAAAUGGCCUCAUUUCCUUGCCACUGCAUGUGUAUUUGCAACUUGGAGUCCACUAACGACAUACACGCCGAGCAUCAUCAUGUCGUUAGGCUUUUCCCGGGUUAAAGCAAACGCAUUAGCUGCAGUCGCUAGCAUUUUGACGUUGCCAGUCGUUCUAUUCUUUGCUUGGUUUAGUGACAAAACGAAAAGACGCGGGAUGACAGUCAUGAUAGCUAUCAGUGCAUAUCUAGUCGCCAUCGUUAUUUUAAGGACUGCACAACCAUUUGCUAGCAGAUGGUGCAAGUUCGGGAUGUGGACUGCCGUGAAUGGUCUUGCUGUGGGCUAUCACCCAAUCCACAAUGCCUGGAUACAGAUCAAAUGCCGAACACCGGAGGAGCGCAGCAUUUUUUUAGCGUAUUUAGUUGUCGUGAGCGCAACCAGUGGGCUAAUGGGCGGUUCCCAACUUUUCCGCGAGGAUGAGUCCUCGACUCUUUACCCUCGUGGCCUUCUCAUAAUGAUUGGACUGGUCUUUCUGGGUCUUGUUUUAACUGCCUUACAAGAGAUCAUAUAUUUUCUGGAAGACCGGGAUGCCAAGACGAAGUCCGACUCUGUGGAUUCGAAUUCUGCUUGCUAA